UUAAAAAAUAUAAGCAUACAGACAGUGAGAAGCGACUUUAUUUUAUACUAUAUACUCGUUAAAAGAUUGGUGUAUUUUAUUAGAGAUCAAAGUUAUAAUUAACUAAGCAUACGUAAGAUUAUCAAAAUUAGAACGCUGUGAUCUAGUUUCUAUCUUUAACUAUAUAUGUCUGAUCUAUUAAUGACAUUGUAUAGAUAUGUUUUAUCAACUUCUACAAUCGUGAUAAGAUAUUCAAAGAAGUUAUAUGUAGUAAACCAAUCAAUACCUAAAAUAUUUCUAUAAAAAUGCUUCUAAUAUCAAUCUGCUUUGGCAUAUAAGGAUUAUUAAUUGAUUCACAUAAUUUUUAAAUAUUCAGCUACGUGAUUCUUUAUUUUAACACAAGAAAAAGUUAUUGACCAUUUUAUGUAUGUAUAAAUUUUUAGAUAUGUAGAGAUUUCAUUGCUAAAUGAAGUAAUGUUUUCGACUAUUGACAUUGUAUUAAUAUAACACACUAUAAUUAACCGUAUGUGCAAAGUUCAUUCUCGUUCAAACAUAAUAAAGACUUCAGACACGAAUUGUUAUCGAAGUGUGUAAUAAAAUAAGUGUAUUCAAGAAAUAAAUUUUAUUGUUCUGAAAUAAAUUGAUAAACCUGUUUCUUCUCGAAUAUGUUAUUGGCAGAGUCGAUAUUUAUUUAGACACACAUUAUCAACAGAUGCAAUAAAACAUCAGAUAAGCUGUCGUCUAAACACUACUUGUGUUAAAUAGUUGAUUUGUUCUAGCGACUAUGACAUUGUGUUUAGGUGAUAUUUAAAGAAAGUAUACGCUGACUAAAUUACCUAGUCUUUAAAGUGAAAGUGUAAAAUAACAAAAUGGAGUUCGAAAGUGUUUUAUAUGGUGAAAUGGGUGCCUUUGGGAAAUACCAAAUUAUCAAUAUUUUACUAUUGGCCGUUCCAACGGCUGUGUCUGGCUUUAUGGCUGGGGAGUACAUAUUUUCUGCAUCGCGACUUCCACAUCGAUGUUUUAUAACUGAAUGCGAAGGAGACUCGAUUACAUUUUCGCCGUCUUGGUUAAACAAUGCCAUACCGAUAACGUCCUCAGGUUUCGACGAAUGUCACCGUUAUGCCUACAAUUCGUCAUUUUUAGGAAUGCACCUUACAGAGGGGUUGUGCCCCAGUGAUAUAUUCGACCAAGAUGUGAUAAUACCGUGUGAAAAAUACGUUUAUCUCAGGACCAAUUCCAUUGUAUACGAUUUUAAUCUAGAAUGUGAAGAAUGGCUCAGGGCUCUAGCAGGUACGCUCAACAGCAUGGGUGCUAUGAUUGCUCUACCCCUUGCAGGAUUUAUAUCAGAUCAUUUUGGAAGACGAGCAUCUUUAAUAUUUUUCUCAUUUAAUUUGGCACUAGCAGGAUUUAUACGGUCCUUUUCUAUCAACUACGCAAUGUAUGCAGCUCUACAAUUUAUACAAACGGCUUUAGGUGGAGGUACUUUUAGUGCUGCUUACAUAUUAGCAACAGAAAUAGUUGGCCCUAAAUUCCGUGUAAUAACGAGUGCAACAAUGUCUUCAAUGUUCGCUAUAGGUCAGGUUUUACUGGGUAUCAUCGCAUCGCAAAUAUACGAAUGGCGACACCUGAGUUUAGUUUUAUUCACACCUGUUUUUCUUCUGGUUAUAUAUAAAUGGCUCAUUACCGAAAGUCCACGAUGGUUACUAAGCAGAAAUAAACAAGAAGAAGCAAGGUCCACCAUUGAUAAGGCAGCUAAAUUUAACGGUAGAAUUGUUUCUGAUAAAACUAUGAAUUAUUUAAUACAAGCUAUACCAGAACAAAUUGUGUCAAAUAGGACAGAAAAUCAUGGAGAAAAUCUUUUCAUCAAAGUAUUAAAAUCACCAACAAUGUUACGUAGAUGUUGCACGACGCCAUUCUUGUGGAUAACUACCACGUUUAUUUAUUAUGGCUUAUCAAUUAACUCCGUCAGUUUGUCGGGCGACAUGUAUUUGAACUACAUAGCUACUGCUGCAAUUGAAAUUCCGGGAUUUUGGACUGCAGUGUUGAUAUUGGAUAGAAUCGGUCGCAAAACAACCUUGUUUACGGGAUACACAGCGUGUGGACUCUGUUGUCUGGGAUUCGCUUUCACUCCAAAGAAUAUGUACGCGUUAUCGUUAAUUUUAUUUUUAGCCGGAAAAUACUUUAUUGGGCUGGUAAUGACAUCGGUUUAUUUGUAUACUGCUGAAUUGUAUCCAACGAGACAUCGGCACUCAUUUUUGGGUUUCUCUUCUAUGUUAGGACGUAUUGGAUCUGUGAUUUCACCCUUGACACCACCAUUAAUGGUUUAUUGGAGCGGGAUACCGUCAAUAAUGUUUGGAGGAAUGGCUGUAAUGUCUGCACUACUCGUCCUCACGCAGCCAGAAACAUUGAACCUGAAAGUUCCUGACACAUUUGAAGAUGCGGAAAGCCUAGGAAAAAAGUGAAUGUGUAACUGUACAAAUACCUACAUGAAUGAUAGAAUAAUUUGCAUCUAUAAUUACAAUGUAUUUAAAUCAGAUUAAUGUUUUCACAGUAGGUAUUAUUGUGUAUCUAUGACAGUACCUAGUUUUGUUUAAAUAAUGUGGAACUAAAAUAAUCAUAUAGUACAAUAAAAAUAAUAAUAAAUAAUAAGCCUAAAAGCGCAAACAUAAAAGAAUUUUCAUUGGAAAAAUCUUAUAUAUUUUUUAUAUUACCUGAGUACUUAAUAUUGUUCAAACAUUUAUUACUUCAUGUGAACGCCACCUAGCGUAUGUUAUACAAAUUACGUU